CCGCCAGCCGGCAGCACCGUCGGAAGCCUCUCGAGCUUGUAACAAGCAAGAUGGCCUCCACCGACUCCAGUUUACCAAGUGAAAAUCCCGCCAAGAAGGAGGAUGAAUUUAACGAAUUUUACACGGAGGUUAAAGAAAUUGAAAAGAGGGACUCCGUGCUGACGCCGAAGCAACAAAUUGACAGACUACUGCGACCUGGGUCGUCCUACUUCAAUUUGAAUCCAUUUGAAGUUUUACAAAUUGACCCAAGCACGGCGAUAGAGGAAAUAAAAAAGAAAUACCGUCGUAUGUCAAUUUUGGUGCAUCCAGACAAAAAUCAAGACGAUGCUGAAAGAGCGCAGCAAGCCUUCGAAAUUGUUAAUAAGGCGUGGAAAACUUUGGAAAAUGAGGAAACUAGAUCAAAAUGUAUGGAUGUUAUUGAGGAGGCAAAGGCCCGAACUGAUCACAUGAUUGCAGAAAAAAAGAAAAAGCAGAAAAAAGAAGGAAAAUCCGAGAGCUCAGGUCCUACACUUUUGGAGGAAGAAACUGAGGAAGGUUACACACAUGCGGUCUGGGUUAUGACAAUGAAACUGUUCGCCGAUAUGGAGCGAAGAAGACGAGAACUAGCCACGAGAGACGCGGAGCAGCGCAAGAGAAAGCGCGAAGAGGAAUUGUCUGCGGAAGCCCAGGCAGCAAUGGAACGCGAGUGGCAACGAAAUUUCGAGGAGUCCAGACAAUCGCGCGUCGACAGCUGGAAGGCGUUUCAAUCCGGUUCUAGCGCCACAAAGCAGAAGAAGGCAAAGAAGCUGAAAGCCUUCAGGCCGCCGAAAACGAAGGCGGAGUCGCGAUAAUCGUGAUAGCUCCGCGUUUUUCUCUACUUCCGGUGUGCGGAUUCUGAUUUUAGUCGACGCAAUGUUUUAUCUUAGAGAUUUUCUCGCAGUGUUAAGAUAGGUUAAGAGAUUGAAUUUCGCGCGGUAUUGAUCCACUGAUAAACGUGCCGGAUCACUUUAUUAUAAAAUUAAAAGAUAAAAAGAGGACAUUCUGGAUCCUCGGUCCUUUUGAUUCCAAGCCAUCCAGUUACAAGGUAUGAGUUUUUCGGUUUUGACAUUCGUUGUUGAGUUACCGAAAUUCGCGAAGUAUUCUAUGAAUUUCUAUAUACGUAUAUCUAUAUACAUUCUAUACAUGCAUAUAUACAUCUAUAAAAGGAAAUAUAGAUCUAUAUUGAUAUAUAUAUAUAGAAUUUAUAUAUGUGUAUACCCUACGAAUAUUCUGAAUUUCUGUAAAAUAGUCUCACAUUGAUAGUCAGUUUCAUCGACUUUCUAUUAGAAUGAUAGAGACUAUCAAGUCUUUGACGAGAUUUCGAAAGUAUAUUUUUAUUGCAUCAAAAUAAAAAGAUCAUUAUUAAAGAUGAUUAAAUCACUUUUAUUUAUCAACUCCAACUUGACAUUGUUCACUAAUACAGUAUUCAGAGUAAACGAAUUUUUUUAGAACUUGGUGAAAUCGAUUGCAAGUUCACUUUCUUGCUUAGAUUAAUCGUGACUCAAAGUUAGAAUAAAAAUAGUACAGCUAGUAGGUCCACUCCGUCAUGUGUUUCGUUUUGCGUCGAUCCCUUUUGCGCAUCCAACAUUGUUCCGGGCAGACUAAUGAGAGAAUAGUUGUACGUGUGGUAAUGUAGCUUUGAUACAACUACAGUACGUACACACACAUACGCUGCUGAAUUGAUGCCCAGAAUAAUGGCGGAAUACCACAUGAUCGGGACCGCAAGAUCAAAGGGGCCGGCAGAGAAUGGAUCUACUAGUUAUACUAUGGAAUAAAGAUGUUAAAAGCACAUACCGAUAGCAAAUGUUACUGUGAGCAAAAUCUUAAGAGCAACUUUGCGCAUUACUGCAAAAAGGAAAAAUAUAUGAAAAAAAUGCGAAGCAAUAGCAGAGUUACUGGACGAAUGAAAAAUAAUGAAUGCGUCUCUUUAUGUACAUGAUUGAAUGCAGUUUUGUAUGCGUGUUAUGUAAAAUCGUACCGCUUAUUUUGAAAAUGGGAGAAAUGACACAUGAAAGUCAUGCAUAAAAAUUUUUUAUCAAAUCAAACAAAGUUUCUAAUCUAAUUUAAACAUUUUUUUUAUUUAAAUAUUCUAUUCUAAUAAGCUAGCUAGUUUAGAUUUCUCGUUUUAUUUAAAUUAUACCCUCUCAUUUUCAAAAUGAAGGACUCGAGUACGAGAAUCUGUUAUGUAUAAAUGCGUCUCUUCGCAAGAGUUUGACAAUUAUGGAGUUUUUCGCGAAUUUCGCGAUUAUAUGACAUUAACGACGUGCAUGUGUAUAGAAAAGAAAAGGAAGAACGAAAAAAACGGUUUCUUUGGAGCAUUGUACAUUCGCAGUAUCCUGAUGUCAUUGCGCAACAACUGUCAAUUUUAUAAUCUACAUGUGUCUCGUACUUUUACUAUUAAACGUACGAUUGUCCAUCAUAGGGAAAGUACACAGUUGGGUAUAUAUUUAUUGUACCACGCGAAUUCAUACACACGGAAUCGGGGUACAAACGUGACACCCCAUUUCUGUAAAUGCCAAGUUCGCGCAAUUUAACUUUCGAAUAUUUUAGAACAACAUAAAAAUAUAUAAUAAAAGACCAUACAGACCUGAAUACUCACCGUAACAAGGUUUGAUGUGUGCAGAAUAUCGAUAAAGUCUCGAGUUAAUCUGUGAUUUAACGGUCCGAGUCCUGAAUUGUCAAAAUUUUUGGUACACCAAAAGAGAUUCCUAAAAUUAUAACAAACUUCUCGUGCCAUAACAGAUCGAAUCGUUUCGCGUUGUUGCAAAGGCUUCGAUUUUAAAUGCUCUUGGCUUUUCGGGACGCCAAUUGAAUCUAAAUUCCGCUAUUCAUGGUACGAUAUCACGAUGGCUCUUUUAUAACUUCGCAAACACCUCGGUAUUGCACGAAUAGCGUACGAUCUGGCGAAGAUAAACGAAAAUCGUUCGUUCAUUCUUCGAAAAUCUAUUGUGAGAUAUGAAUAUAUACCUAUAAAUUGUU